UUUUUCGAGCGAUACAUUGAGAGCCUGCCAGGAAAAUAAAAGCGCAUCAGCUUUUUCAGUGCUACUUUUCAUACUUAUGAGGUGACACGUAAAUUUUACGCAACAUGCCACAGUACCCCCGCGACCGGUCGUAUCGUGAGGGUUUUCAUAGUGCGUAGUCAAGCAAAAGGAACACACUUGAACUUCUGCGAGAUCAAAACAAAAAGGAGUCAACAAAAGACCUAGAGGUUCUGAGGUGGCACAACACCAACACGGUAGUAUCCGCAUGUCGGCGGCAUCGUCGCCCAACCCGCGGGCGGCCGCGGGUCAGGCCCAGCAGGCGGUGAACCGGGUUGAGCAAAUUGCGAACCAGCUGAAUGUAAGUCCCUUCACGUUGAAAGUCGGGGCCGGGGCCGUCGCCGGGGCGGUGGUGUCGACCGCGGUGCUGGGAAAAAAGGCAAACUUCCCCGUAGAAGCGCCACCAAAAAACACGGCAGAAACGUUGCCAGUGUUCGAGGAAGGAGAGAUCGUUUACACCGCGGACCCGGCGGCGGAAGUACUAUUACACUUUGCUAUUGGGCGACGCGUUCACUUCUGCAAAAAUUAUGCGAAUUUAUUCACAACUUAUCGGAAGUUGUGGAAGUCCAAGUUCUCCUGCUUUCAUGUACUUUACUUACACUGGACAUUCGGAAAAAAGCAUCGAUCGACCUUUACUCAAAUAAAAAUUUCCUGCAGGUUAAACUCCACCCAGCCAAGGCCGGCCCUGCGUCGCUGCAAGCCGCCCCGGCGGAAACGAUCAUAGACAUAAUAGGCCGAAUAGAAGCGAAGUCGCCGAAUGUGCUCUGCCUAUCCGUGGAGAGGCCCUGCCCGAAAAACGACGGACAAGGGGCACUCUCGCUGCCGCCAGAAAAGUGGACCAGUUGGACUUGGAAGGAGUUCAUAGAAGACAGCAAGCUCGCGGCGAAGGCUUUUAUGGAGCUUGGUAUGGCGCAUUUUGGGUCCGUAACCUGUUUUGGGGUGAACGCGCCGGAAUGGCACCUAUCGGCAAUAGGAUCGAUCCUUGCCGGCGGAAAAGUAGCAGGGAUCUACCCAAGUGACACGGUAUACUUGAUUCAUCACAAGAACGUCGUCCUUCUGUUGACGUUGUGUCUGACGCCGUUGCAUGUUGAGCUACAUGUUUUUGCAGUGUGCUUUUUUUACGAUUUGCAAAGCCCGUAGCACUAGUACCAGCGUCGUAAUCCCAUAUUGAAGUUGAAAAAUAGACAAAGAGCAAUGCAUUUUCAGGUCGAGCACUGCAUCUUCAAGAACAAGUGCGCCGGCGCCACCGUGGCAAUAGUGGAAACCUGCGAGAAGGCGAAAAUGGUUUUGGACAACAUUGCGCAGCUGCCACGUAUGAAGGCGGUGGUAGUGUUUGAUCCUGAAGCGAAAUUUGAGGAAGUAACCAGUGGUGCGGGCUGCAAAUAUAUGCGUUGGGACACGAUGAUGAAGUGGGCAAAAACCCUGAAAAAUCAAGACGCAGAGCUCAAACAGAGGAUGAACAAGGUAGAGUACUACUUUCGAAGGCCGGAUUUUGAUCAUGCGGAGUACUAGUUGUAUUCAGAUACACCACUUCUAGUAAACUACUAGUGACGCAGCUUGAUUGCUCUCUACCGUUUGUGAAGAACAAGUAUUGCUCGCUACUUCUGAUUUGUAUGAAGGUAAAAAGAAAGGGAAAGGUGCGGUCUCUCUAAGUUGAUGAAACUACGAAUGGGAAAAAUAUGAUAUCUUUGGUGCUACAUCAGAUCCGACCCGGCCACGCGAUGAACGUGGUAUAUACGAGCGGGACAACGGGAAAUCCAAAAGGUGUCAUGCUUUCGCAGGACAAUAGCUGGAGCACGUGUGCCAUCUUCCUCAAGCCAGUCACGCAGGACCUGACCCCGCCACACCGAAUUUUGUCCUACUUACCGCUACCACACGUCACCGGCUUCUUGGCCGACAUCGCGCUGCCGAUGUGGCUGGUAUAAGAUAACGGGGCUGUAAUUUUACCUACUUAUGCUGAUCAUGUGCCUGAUCACUUGUGUUUGAGUUUUUCUCUGGUGUAACGAACAUGAUUCAGUGUGUCAGUAAAGAAUAUGCUCUCGUCGAGGCGGCUUUUGCAGUCCUCCGCUUGUACGGGGCGUCAAGUAUCAGGUGACAGCACAGCUCAGGAAUGCUCCUAGCGCAGCGCCGGAGAGGGCUUGGAUUUCAGCUUUAUUAUGAAAAAAACUAUAGAACAACUUCUACUUUCAGACGGCCAACAGCCAGCCGACCUCGAUCUAUUUCGCGCGGCCGUAUGACUUGAAAGAGUCCACGAUCGGCUCGCGCCUCCUGACCGUGCGGCCCACGAUCUUCGUGGCCGUGCCGCGCGUGUAUGAAAAGAUUGCGGAGAAGCUCAAAGCCGUUGCAGCCACUGUGACGGGCCCGAUGAAGGCGAUCAGCACCUGGGCAAAGGCGAAAAACAGCGAACACAUGGGGAUGCGACAGUUCGGGAAGGGAAACGGCGAGUACCCGGCGAAUUUCACCCCGGCCAACUUUGUCAUGGGCAAGGUCCGGCAAAAAUUAGGGUUGGAUCAGGCACAAUGCUUGAUAUCCGGUGCGGCACCGAUUACCAUGGAGACCUUGGACUACUUUGGGAGUUUGGGUAAGUACAAAAAAAUGUUCUAGGUGCUAGUUUUCUUCUUGGGCAGAACUGAGUAGUAAAAAGAAGGUGGACGCGAUAAGUAGACACGACUUCCUUAUCUUCUGGGGUUUCUUUAGUAGAACCAGUUUGUGUAAUUUUCGUCUCGUACGCAGAGCCAGAUCGAAAGCAGCACGAAAACAAUUGCUCACACGACUUCUCAGGCCUGAUGAUUUUGGAACUGUACGGCAUGUCGGAGUCCACGGGGCCGACCACGCUGAACACCCUGCGCACCGUGAAGUGGGGCACCAUCGGGUACGCUCCGCAGGGGGUGGAAGUGGGGGUGUUUAACACGAUGGACCCGAAGAACCCGAUGCAGUGGGUAAAACCUAUGGCGUUCUCAACUGUUAAGUACAUUCUCAGCUGUUGCAUGAAUUUGCGAUGCAAAAAUGGCAAAAGUGAAAUGGGUGGCCUUCCGUAUUUUGCAUGACAGGUUUGGUACAGAUUCGCAGCUUGUUUGGCACUUCGAGAACUCGCCAUGCGAAGCAGCUUGGCCGUGUCGAUUUUGGUAGUAAAUUUGCAUGACAAGUCAUGUAAGAACAGUUGAUAAUGUAACAUUUGAGAACGCCAUAAAACCCUGCGCCGAUUUGUCCGCGCCGAGCGAGUAUCAAAUGCAAAUAUGUCUAGGUCUGGAAGAGUGCAGAUUUUUCUCAUGCUGUUUUUGCAUGCCUCAGAAGGUGUGGCAUGGAGGCCUUAGCAUCACAGGCAUUCAUAAGGUUCCGCAAUGCCCAAUGCGCAUGACAAAUGCCCCAUUUUCGUGACAGAGAAUGGGCAACUUUUGCUGCCUAUGCAUGAGAGGUUUGUGUGUGUUGCGAAAUGCGCAUGAGAAGUUUAACUCCUCCCAGACCCAGACAUAUUUGCAUUUGAUAGCGAGCAGGAGCAGGGAGAGCUGUGCUUUCGGGGUCGGCACAUCAUGAUGGGGUACCUGGCAAACCCAGAUCUGGGGGAGGAGCACAUGGCCGAGGUCAAGAAAAAGAACAAGGAGGCGCUGGUACCUGGGGGCUGGAUGCUGUCCGGGGAUAAGGCCUGCAUGGAUAAGGACGGUAUAAUUCAUUCGAAGCUGUUGUACUUGCUUCUAUUCGGCAGUAGAGGUGUUUCUUGUUGUUUAUUGCGGUGGUAGGUUCUCCUUAUUUCCAUGAUGUUUGCUGUUAUUUCUUGGAAGAUAGAUAUGGUCAAAAAUCCAGGUUUUUUCCGCAUCACGGGGCGAUACAAGGAAUUGAUUAUCACUGCCGGGUAUCAAAUGCAACCAUGUCUUGGUCUGGAAAUCUGCUAGGUUCGUCAUGCAGGUUUUCCAUGCGGCUCCAUGAGGUCUUGAAUGCAGGACUUAGCCACCUAGCAUGACAGAUUCUGUGUUUAGGGUCUCUGCCGGUUCUAUCCUGCAUGAGAAACUCCUGCUUAAUUUGGUCAAAGAAAAUGGGCAAACCUCAUUGAGAUUCAUGCAAGAGAGAUUAGAUUUUCGUGUGGGUGUGACUCACAGGGCCUCCUCGCAUCACAAGUGUACACUCUUCCAGACCCGGAUGCAUUUGCAAUGCAUAGUUGGGGUGAAAACGUCGCCCCUGUCCCCAUCGAGGACUGGCUGAAGUCGAAUUACACCGCGAUCUCCAAUGUGAUGAUGGUCGGGGACAAGAAAAAGUACAAUGUCAUUCUUGUCACGCUGAAAACCAAGGGCGCCACGGGGGAGCUGCCGGGCGGGGACGAACUGGACGGGGAGGCGCUGAAAAUCGCCCCCGGGGUCACAUCCUUGGCGCAGGCCAUGAAGGAUGACCGGGUAUUGAAGUACAUCCAGGGCGCCGUGGAUGCGGUAAACAAAGAACCCAAGAUCGUCAUCUCCAAUGCCUGCAAGGUGCAGUUUUUCCGCAUUCUCCCGAGGGAUUUCUCUAUCCAAACAGAGGAGUUCACGCCCACGUUAAAGCUGAAGCGGUCGGUCGCGGUGGAAAUUUGGAAAGAUUAUAUCGAUCAGAUGUACCAGUAAAGAUUUUCCUGAGAGGACCACGCUACCGGGCGGCAACUAGGUAGUAGCUUAGUGGUGUAAAAUCAUACCUGCUCUACUACUCCAUACGGAAAAGGAAGAGCGGUAGGUAACAGUUGUCCACAAGAUAGCGUAAUAGAAGCUCUCUCAAGUUCGUUGUCAUGCAUCGCCGCGUGUUUCUCACCGAAAGUGAAUAAGGAAAGGCCAAUAAGAAUUUACACGGGAUCAAUAUUCUCGAAUGACAAAAUAAGUAAGUCUAAUGAGUUCUUUUGAAUAAUAUCGCAAACAAGAUGAACAAUACAUCAUAUAUACAACAUAUCUACUGCAUCGGAGGAAGAGAUGGUGUAAAUAAUCCACGAAUUUUCCCGGGGACAAAUAAUGCAUGUGGGAAAUGCCACAAUUUUGUGCUCCCCCUUCAAAUUUUGAAGACUUCUCUACCAUGCCUCCACAUGCGAAAGCCUGGCGAAGCCACGUUUUCCCGUCAACCAGAAGAUUUCUGCAACAAUCGGCUAUCAUUUUUCGAAAGAAGAGAAGCAAUUGCGCGACAACUUUUUCAAAACUAAGGAGAAGCAAAGAAACAAACAUAGCUUCACCCACUGUACGGAGCGAAGUCGUGACGCUUUCGGCGAUGGGAAGUGGAUUCUGUUUCUUACCACCUCGCAGCUGUUGUAAUGGUGACCCGUGAUCGGUUUACUUAUCGUUAUCACGACGUACUAUCUACGUCUUCAAGGCGCCACCGUUUUCGGUUUG